AUGUCCCAAUUUGGACAUGUUUCUGCUGUUAAUUUGAGAGGGCAAAAUAACUUAAGUAAUCCUUGGAGCCCUCAGUCUUGGAGAUGCUGCUGUCUUGACCGGAAAAUGAAUACCCUAUCAUUUGCAAGUAGUGAUGCUAUGGGUCAUAAAUUAAAGAGACCGUCUGCACAUGCUUUGAUGAUGGAUUCAAGAAGAAAAGAUAUGUCCCCUUUGAAGGUUGUUUGCAUUGACUAUCCAAGACCGGAAAUUGAGAAUACAGUCAAUUAUUUGGAAGCUGCUUAUUUAUCCUCAUCGUUUCGUAAUUCUCCACGUCCAACCAAAUCAUUAAAGAUAGUCAUUGCUGGUGCAGGUUUGGCUGGUUUGUCUACUGCAAAGUAUUUGGCAGAUGCAGGUCAUAAACCGAUAUUGUUGGAAGGAAGGGAUGUCCUGGGUGGAAAGGUGGCUGCAUGGAAAGAUGAUGAUGGAGACUGGUAUGAGACUGGAUUACACAUAUUUUUUGGGGCUUACCCAAAUGUGCAGAACCUAUUUGGAGAGCUAGGCAUUAAUGAUCGGCUACAGUGGAAGGAGCAUUCUAUGAUAUUUGCAAUGCCAAACAAGCCGGGGGAGUUUAGCCGAUUUGAUUUUCCUGAAGUCUUACCUGCACCAUUAAAUGGAAUAUGGGCAAUCCUGAAGAACACUGAAAUGCUUACUUGGCCAGAGAAAGUCAAGUUCGCUAUUGGACUCUUGCCAGCAAUAAUUGGUGGACAAUCUUAUGUGGAGGCUCAAGAUGGUAUAACUGUUAAAGACUGGAUGAGAAAGCAAGGUAUUCCAGAUCGAGUUACUGAUGAGGUGUUUAUUGCCAUGUCUAAGGCUCUGAACUUCAUUAACCCGGAUGAACUUUCAAUGCAGUGCAUUUUAAUUGCUUUGAAUCGAUUUCUUCAGGAGAAGCAUGGUUCAAAGAUGGCUUUUUUGGAUGGUAACCCUCCAGAAAGACUUUGCAUGCCAAUUGUUGACCAUAUUACUUCAAAAGGUGGCGAAGUCCAGCUUAAUUCACGAAUACAAAAGAUUGAGCUAAAUAAAGAAGGUAGCGUCAGGAAUUUUGUGCUAAAUAAUGGGAGUACGGUUGAAGGAGAUGCUUAUGUAUUUGCAACCCCUGUUGAUAUCCUCAAGCUCCUUCUGCCUGAGGACUGGAAAGAGAUUCAAUAUUUCCAAAAAUUGGAUAAAUUAGUUGGAGUUCCAGUUAUAAAUGUUCACAUAUGGUUUGACAGAAAAUUGAAAAACACGUAUGAUCAUCUACUCUUCAGCAGGAGUUCACUUCUCAGUGUAUAUGCUGACAUGUCUGUAACUUGUAAGGAGUACUACGAUCCUAAUAAAUCUAUGCUGGAAUUGGUUUUUGCACCUGCAGAAGAAUGGAUCUCUCGUAGUGACACAGAAAUAAUCGAUGCCACAAUGAAAGAACUUGCAAAACUCUUUCCCGAUGAAAUUUCUGCAGACCAAACCAAAGCAAAAAUAGUGAAGUACCAUGUUGUUAAAACUCCAAGGUCUGUCUAUAAAACUGUACCUGGCUCUGAACCUUGCCGUCCCUUACAAAGAUCUCCUAUAGAAGGAUUCUAUUUAGCCGGUGAUUACACAAAGCAAAAGUACUUGGCUUCGAUGGAAGGUGCUGUUCUAUCGGGAAAGCUUUGUGCACAAGCCAUUGUGCAGGAUUAUGAGUUAUUGGCUGCAAUAGAACACAAGAAGUUGGCCGAGGCAAGCCUUGUUUAA